AUGGAAGAAUUUCUCUGGUCUGUCGGCUCUUCCACACUGAGCCUCACACCACAGGUCACAGUGAACCAGGAGGGAGAGCGUCUCUGCAGGGCUUCACAAAAACCAUUCACAGGAGGAAAGAUGAAGCUGUUGGUCUUGCUCGGUGUUCUCCUCUGCCUUUUUGCAGUUCAUCAUAGUGAGGCCAGAGUCAUCCCAGAAGGAGUGCCUUAUGAUGAACCUCCAGCUGUCCCUUACUGGCCUUACUCCACCUCUGACUUCUGGAACUACGUUGAAUACUUCAGAACCAUCGGUGCCUAUAACCACAUCAACGAGUUGGCCCGGGCCUUCUUUGCCCACCAGCACCUCGGGGACACCCUGGGGUAUGAGAGCAACGCGGGACAUGAGCACUGAGAGAUGAGCAGGAAGAGAGCAGCAAGGCGGCUGUUCAGAAUUUGUUCUUUUAAUACCGUACACAAUUUAAAUAAGAGUUGAGGACAUUUUAACAGACGUUAAAUGAAAGAAGUUAAGGCAUAGAGUGUCAAGUGUAUACUGUUUGUAGGCUAGCCACAUAUAGAGAGAACAGAUGUAGCCCCUUUGAGGAAUUGUACAAUAUCAUAAUGCUAUAUGCCAUGAAUGAAUAAGCAUGU